UCGGCAUGAAAAGGCAAAGUCAAAGACCGAAUAACGUCGCAGCAGCACGCGUGUAAUCAUGUUGUUUCAAAUUUAAACUGAUGGAUGCUUUCUUGUUAACAAAAAUUUUUCCCCUUUUCUUGAUCGACACAGCGAUCUUGUCUUUCUCAUCUGAAAAGUGUAGGAUUAGACACUUCCUUUCCGUGUUUCCAUCAGAGUGUGUUUCGUGAGAUUCAGUCACAUUUUCGAGGAACGCAAUAUAUAUGCCCUUGUUAUCGCCACUGACACACUGACUAAACUUGUCAUCACCUGGCUGGGGUAUUAUCACGAUUCAUGAUAUUCCUGGUUGCGUCGGCCUCAAUAAUUUGACUGUUGUACGCAAAUAACGGAACGGCACAUGCGUAAACGCGUGCAGGUGAGAGAGCCAGCACGGGCCGAUAGGGAAGCGAGCGAAUGGGCUGGCUGCAUGGCUCCGAGCAGAUAAUCCCACCACCGUUAAUAAGAACGUCAACAAGCAAUGACGUAGUUCCGUGGGCCUGUUUUAGACAUGUUCCCCCGUUAAUUAUUCAUCUGCGUUUUAUAUUUUGAGCCGUAUAUUGGAUUUUUCUUCACGGGAUUUUCGCCCCCCUUAUUGUGUCGAUGCGGUCGACGACGACGGUGUGCAGCAGUCAGUGCUCGGUGAUCAUCUGGCAUUCUUAUUGGAAUUUGGUCUGUUUUUCUGCUUUUCACCUGGGACUGGGCGUCGUGCCGUUCUGAGCGCAUGUUAUGAAGUUGACUAUGCCGUUGGAUUCUUUGAGCCCCAAAGCUCCCAUGUCGCCUAACGCCAUCGUCCUUCCGCUCAAUGGCCGAUCGGGAUCGGUUGUGGAUACGGAUCGGAAUAAGUGGCUGCAGUCUUGGCAUGCACCAUUAAGAGAAUUAUUAUCCAAUUAUCCGGUUAACAAAGAUGGGAUAUGUCGAGCGACGCCGGAAGCUUUGAUGUUUAUUAGUGAUCGUUUGGACUUUUUAUUACAAUUGUUAUCAGCCGGUCAGCCUAGUAAAGUGGCCGAUUUGGAGCACCGUGCCGAAAAAAUCUUUCCCGAUCUGAAGGAGGGUAUUGAUAGCAGUGUGCUGAAGAAAGAUAAGAAAGCGAGGAAAACAUGGAAGGGAUUUCCCGGUGAGGACGUCAGAGUUGCCGUCCAGAAGCGAUAUUUUCCCGAUGACAAAGAAUUCCUCCUAACUAGUUUUGCCUGUGCGGUAUUAGAAACGAUCGCACAAGAGACGUUUCGGCGUGUUGUUCACUACCUGGUCAAGCUUGGCCGAGCGGAAGUUCGAACGGAGGAUAUCAAAGUCACCACCGCAAUUAGCCAGAGUCUGACCCAGCUGUUCGGCCUGCAAGACGAGGAGAUGUCGUCGUUGCUGACGUCGGACGAGCGUCCGGUAAUCAAAACCGACCUAACGUACGACGACAUCGUCAAGGAUCUGAUCCAGGACGAGCGGGCCUACGCGCGUGAACUGCGGAUGAUCAUCAAGGUGUUCCAGGAUGUUUUCGCCCGCUACAACCUGGAAUGCGAGGAGACGGGCCGUGAGCGGGAUCGCAUUACCGAUGAAGAGCUGAAGGCCAUCUUCCUCAAAGUGGAUGAGGCGCUGGAGACGUCGCUCAAUUUUCUCAGUCUGCUGGAGGAUACGGUGGAGAUGGACGGGCAGAGUGGGACGUUCAAUGUGUGGGGGGCCUUUGAGGAGAUGGCGGAAGCCGGGGAGUUUGGCGGCAUGGAGGAUUAUGCUAAGCGGCUGCUGGAUGCGCCGCAUCAGUGGGGCGGCGCCGAGUCCUCCAGUCAGCUGACGUGUGAUGGGGCUAUCAAGGAAGUCCUGGCCAGGAAGCCGACGAUGGAAUAUUUUUUUAAAGUUAUUGGCGGAUGGUUCGUUGACGCAGUACGAUAUGUCCUCCCGCGGCUACUGGUUAGCCCCGUUGCGCGGAUUUCACAAUACUAUGACUGCUGCGAGGCUCUACGGACAAAGCAGAAUGAUGAAGAGGCCAACGGCGGUGACGCGGAACCGAUUGUGGACGCAUUGGGAAUACUCGAACCCAUCAGUGAUAACACCAAGAGAUUACUUUUAUUACCGCACAAUACUUUGAAAGCUCGCUGGGUGACGCAGUAUUUGGCGCGAAGUCGUUCGAAUCGUCAGUCGAUGCUGGAGAGGGUGCAGGAUGUUUUCAAGUCGGUUGAAGGCUUGGACAUGAAGGACUGCACGCAGUUGCGCAUGGAGCUGAUUUAUGAAGGUGAUGUAUGGAAAUGGAGAAACGGGGGUCGGACGGACCGGCGAAUGUAUCUCUUUGAUAGCUGUGCCGUUCUAUGCAAACCGAAACCCCAGAAAAAGCCAGGGCUGGCCCUGCCGGAUUAUAAUCUCAAGGAGCGAAUCCCCAUCAGUCGACUGCAAGUGAUCCCGCUGGAGGAUAGCGGUGAUAUGCGGUUUGCUAUCGAAUUGAGAUCUGGUGAUCAUCGGGAACCGGAAGUCAUUCUCUGCAUGAAGACGUGCGAAGAGCGGGAAAUGUGGCUCAGCUGCUUUUAUGGGCUACUGCUGAAGAGUCCACUGGAAAAGAAACUGGAAAAGGCUCUAGAGGAUGAAGACAAAGAGCAUCCGCUGCGGUUGCCUUUACCAGAGUUUUAUCCGUUUUCCGAGCCAGACGGACCGGACAAUAUCGUUUUCGAGGAAUCCUCCCCGGUGGACGGAAUUCCCUGUAUAAAGGGUGCCACGCUGCAUAAGCUGAUCGAGCGUUUGACCUACCAUUUAUAUUUCGAUCAUAAUUUCGUCCGAACCUUUCUCAUAACGUUUCGCUCAUUUACGGAGCCGGCGCGUCUCCUGGAUUUGCUCAUUGAACGCUUUAAUAUUCCCCAGCCGGCUGAUGAUAAUGCCGCGCCGCUGACAGGUUUCAGUUCCAUCCUAUCGAAGAAACGCUUUCAGAAGGAAUACUGUCAACCUGUCCAGUUCAGGGUUUUGAACGUAAUGCGACAGUGGGUGGACAAUCAUUUCUUGGAUUUUGAGAAUGAUCCACGAAUAUUGAAACGUCUGCGAGAGUUUCUAAAGAACGACUGCCAGAAUUUUCAACGUCACCAAACUGGAAGAAAAAAGAUCAUCGAUUCCAUCGACAAAAUUCUGAAGCGGAGGGAAUGCAAAAAAGAUUCGCCUCGGGAAUACGUCUUUCCAACUGCCCCUCCGGACAUUGAACACCACUUGGAUACCGAUGAAUACGGGAUUAAUUUAAUGACGUUGCAUCCAACGGAAGUUGCGCGACAGCUGACGCUAAUGGAAUUCGAAAUCUAUCGAUCCAUCAAACCAUCGGAAUUGGUACAGUGGAACAGUCGCAAAAAUAAGGAUGGUUCAUCGCCCAACUUGGAGAAACUAAUUCAGCUGUCCACUCGGAUUACCUUGUACUUCGUGAAAUACAUUUUGAUGACGGAAAAUCUUGAAGAGCGUGUGGCCGUUAUGGCCAGGAUUAUUGAAAUUAUGCAGGAAUGUUUGAAUCUCAACAAUUUCAGUAGCGUGGUGGAAAUUUUGUCUGCAUUUAGCAAUUCGUCCAUACAUCGAUUGAACUGCACCAAAAGCAAGCUGAGCCCGAAAUACAAUAAAAUACUGGAAGGAGCUGAUAAAUUGAGUGUAUCAGAGAAUCACGGAAAGGCAUUUUUCGAACGCUUGCGCUCCAUUGAUCCUCCGUGUAUUCCUUUCAUGGGCAUCUAUCUGACGCAGUUACUGCAUGCUGAAGAAGGCAAUACUAAUUUCAUUGCUUCCCGCGACCAGACUGUGUUUCAUGAACAGCUGAUUAACUUCAAUAAGCGUCGGAAGAUCGCGGACAUUGUGGCUGGCAAUCUGCAGUAUCAAAAUCAGCCGUAUUGCCGACGCCUGGAGCCUCACAUUAUGGAAUAUUUGGAAAAAUUGGAUCCGUACGAGGACGUUGGUCAGAUCAGCGAGAAAGAACUAGUUGAUUUUCUCUACAACCAGUCGCAGAAAAUCGAGCCCCGUAACUGUGAAACGCCUCCCUUUUUCCCCAAGCGCUUUAAUUUCCCCCUGGCACCUCCAAAACGCCGUCCCGGCAACUUGCCGACUCAAAAAGGCAUGAGCCAGGCGACGUCCACCAUGAGCAUCCAGUCGUUCGCCACGUCGCCGAUGGGACUGCGGACCGUGGAGGACAAAAGUGAGACGCCGUCCGCUGCCUCCUCACCCGCCACGCCGACCACGCCGCACAGCUUCGACAUGGCCAACGGCAGUGGUUUGAACUGCAAUACAUUGACGCGGCCACCAGGUGGAGACCAAGAAGCCCCUCCGGUCCCGCCGCGGACGAUCAAAUCCCAAAUGUCUCAGGUGCCGGUGACUGCCUCCAGCACCGACAGCCGCUCACCCAGAUCUCAGCCGACACCCUUCUCGCACUUGCACUCCUUCCUGGCCGGCAACACCAGCCCGCGCUACGUCCCGCAGCACUUCACCUUCGACACGCCGCCCCAGCUGCCGCCCAAAACCGCUCCUCCCUACGGCUCCAUGCCGCAGAUCACCACGGACGGACCGUUCGAUGAGCCGCCGCUGGAGGAGGCCCCGCCGUUGCCGCCGCGGGCCCACCACCAUCCGGACACGUCGCCGCCGGGUCCACCGCCGCCGCUGCCGGAGAAGACGCGCCGGUCGCUGAAUCCUCCCUUCAAUCAGCAGCGGAAGCACAGUCAAUAAGAGCUUGUGUAUGUGUACUUUUGUUUCUCUUUUUGUUGGUUGUUUUUUGUGAUCUUUUGGCCGUAUUUGUCCCCGGACCCCCCAAUAGCGAACCCGUGGUCUUUCCAACCCGACCUCUCCCGCCCUCCUUGGGAUUAGGUGUGUGUUGUAUGUGCGCAUGCGGGUGCAGAUUUUGUUGGUAGGUUUUUGACGUUUUAGAUUUUACACAGAAUACUUAUCUCCCGGGCAUUCUUCAUUAUACAUCUACGGUGAUUUAACUAGAAUUUUUUGUAAUUUUAAUUUAACGGUUUUUUUUAAAAACGCAUCCUGCAUGUACAUUUUUUGUUAAUUGCUUUGAAGUUUUUUCUCUCGUGUUUUGGGAUUGCUGGAGAAUUUGUUCGCUGGUGAUUUGGUCUAAAUUUGGCUGUAAUCGUAACUGUUCGGUGGAACACAGCGAUGGUCGAUUCUGAAUGAAGA